AUGAGCGGUAAGGAGAUUGAAUCUUACACGAAGGGCGAGGCGCUGCUGGACAGCUCCAGCAGCGGCUCUUCGUAUCCAGCGGGAACCGACUGGAUCGCCAUCGUCAACACCAAGAGUGGCGGCCAAGGCGGCAAAGAACUCCUCGCCAAGUUCGCCGAGCACAAGAUCCUCCCCGAGGACCAGGUCUUCGGUUUGAUUCCCGAGGGUCCCGAAGCAGCUGUGCAGAAGUGGGCCGAGGACCCCGAGCGGUACAAGCUGGUCGUGUGCGGCGGUGACGGCACCGUCGGCUGGGUGCUCUCCGUCGCCGAGAAGCUCACCGACAGCGCUCCUCCCGUGGUGGGCGUGAUUCCGUUGGGCACCGGUAACGACCUGGCGCGCGUGUUCGGAUGGGGCGGCGGCUACAGCGGCGAAGACCUCAAGAAGCUCAUGAAGAAGUUCGCCAAGGCCAAGACCAUGCUCCUCGACAGGUGGCUCGUCGACGUGCAGCCGCUCCAGGAGUCGGACACCGAGACCAAGGCCAAGAUCGCCAAGGCCCACUCGACCGACCAUUCGGAGUCAGACGAUUCGGAUGAUGAGGACGAGGACGAAGAGGUGUCGGCGGGCAAGGGCAAGGAGGCCGAGCCGGACACCGAGGAGGUGGACCUCACCCACCUCCUGAAGGACGGACCCAAGGCCCAGACCCACAUCAUGAACAACUACUUCUCCAUCGGCGUCGAUGCGGAGAUUGCUCUGUCGUUCCACAAGAUGCGGGAGGCCAACACCAAGCUCUUCCAGUCUCAGCUGGUCAACAAGGGGUGGUACAGCGCGCUCGGCGCCAAGACGAUCCUCAAGCCCCACCGCGCCAUCCGCCGCUCCGUGCUGCUGGAGGUGGACGGGAAGGAGAUCAAGAUCCCGCGCAAGGUCCGCGGCAUCCUGGUGCUCAACAUGCCCUCCUACGCCAGCGGCACCCAGCCAUGGGGCAACAAGAGGGAAGCCCAGUAUAAGGACCCGGCGAUCAACGACGGCGUGAUCGAGGUGCUGGGCCUGAAGAGUGCCCUCCACCUCGCCCGCAUCCAGACGCACACCUCGGCUGGAAAGGGUGUCCGGUUGGCGCAGGGUAAGUCGAUCACGCUGACCGUGAGACAUCCCCUGCCGGCCCAGGUUGACGGCGAGCCCUGGAUGAUGGCCGUCGGCACCGUGACCAUCACCCACGCCAACCAGGCUCACCUGCUGUACAAUGUCAAGGCCAAGGAUGCCGAGAAGAAGGAGCUGCUGCUCAAUGGCGCCCGAGCCGACGCCUGA